AUGGACGCUGCUGCGCCGCGGCCAUCCGCGCCGGAGGAGCCGCCAACCAGGGACUGGUCUCUGCUGCCCCUCGACGUGCUUGCCUUCGUCUUCGUCAGGCUCAACGCCGUCGACGUCCUCAGGGGCGCUGGCCUCGUGUGCCGCUCCUGGCUCCAAGCCGCCAAGGUGCCAGACGUGUGGCGUGUCGUGGACAUGGGGUACCACAGAAUCAUGUUAAGGUUCGACGAGAAGGAACAUGCUGACUUGUGCGCCAUGGCUAAGGCAGCCGUCGACCGUUCCGAUGGGCAGCUUCGGGAGUUUGCCGGGAGGACGUUUGUCACCGACGAGCUCAUGCAGUACAUCCUGGAAAGGUGUGUUUUCCUUCGUCGCUUGCUUGCAGUUCUAAAUUGUGUUAAUCAAUAG